AAAAAGAAGAACGAGUUGCUGACUGUCAUCCGGGAGAAGAAUUCCACGCAUCCGGUUGUCAAAAACUUCUCUUACAAGAACUUCCAGCAGAGUGUGUUCCAGUUCCUGAAGAGCUACGUGGAUGAUUCGGAGCCGCUGCUGCUAACGGUAAUGAGAAAGACUUUGAGCUCAGAACAUGCCAGAAAACCAAAAUACUCAUCGGCGACUCCUGAGUCUGCAAAUGGGCCACAGGACCAGGCAGCAGCUCCGGAGCCCUCGGGAGGGGCAGAGGGCCCAGCAGGAGCUCCAGAGCCUGCGGAGACAGCAGAAGACCUGGAGGGAGCUCCCAACCCUGCAGAAAGGGCAGAGGACCCCGCAGCAGCCCCCGAGCCGACGGAAGGAGCUAGCGACUCCACAGCAGCCCCCGAGCCGACGGAAGGAGCUUCUGACCCAGCAGCGACCCCUGAGCAUAUAGCAGCCGCGGUUAACGUCUCGGAAGGUGCUUCAGAGCCUAUGGAAAUAGCUAAAGAACCACCAGCAGCAGCUCCAGAACUUCCAGGAGUGUCCUGCAGGGACUCGAAAAGGCAGCCCUCUGGAGCCGUAACCGCGUAUGGGAUUUCUGUUCUGAGAGAAGCUUUCAAGAUCCUGUCGGACUCCCGGGAUUCUGAUGCGCUCUUCACCAAACUGGACGAAACAGACUUUUCUUUCCCCAAGCAACUGUCUCCUUCUGUAUCCCACAGAACCAAGAGACGGAAAGAAGAGGAGAACCAAGAUUCUGAGAUCUCAGACCCUCCUGAAAUAUCCCAUAAGGGCAAACGCUUGUUGACCAUAAGCAAACUGGUCAUGGAGCGAGACAGCCAGUACAGCGAGUCGAGUGAGAGCCCAGACUCUUCCCAGGAGCCAGUUGUAUCUUCUGCUUCCAGACCUGUUCAGAAAUUGCAUGACCAGCCUGUAUCUACUAAGAGUGCCAAGUCCUUCCAAGGAAGGUGGAACAGCUCGUAUGGCAAAGAAGAAAAAGACAGCUGGAGCGACGAGGAUGAGCUCUUCUCGGACACGGCAUCAUUUGGGACAAACAGCCACAACACCACGGUCUUCGGCUCCAAGAAGCAGAAAUGGACGAUGCAAGAGAGCGAGUGGAUCAAAGAUGGCGUGAAGAAGUUCGGAGAAGGGAGGUGGAAGGCCAUUUGCCAGAAAUACCCCUUCCAGAACCGCACAGCAGUGAUGAUCAAGGAUCGCUGGCGGACCAUGAAAAAGCUGGGGAUCCUCUAA